AUGGCGCAGUCGGCUGUGAGCACCGUGCUCGGGAGCGUGGGCAGUCUUGCAGUCCAGGAGACCACAUUCUUGUGUGCAGUCAACCUUGAAGUGGGGUUGUUGAAAGAUGAACUGAUGAGGCUGAAGGCCUACCUCAAAGAUGUUGAUAGCAAGUGGAGAUCAGGAAAUGCAAGGGUUGCAGUCUUGGUGAGCCAGAUCAGGGAUGCGGCUUAUGAAGCUCAGAACAUCAUUGAAGCUGCAGAUCACAUGGCGAAGAGAAACAGGCUCAAGAAGGGAUUCAUGGGUGCUAUUUCAAGGUAUGCUCGCCUACCGACUGACUUGGUCGCCCUUCGCAAAAUCGGUGUUGAAAUUCAGCAUGUAAGAAGGAAGCUCAAUGAGAUUUUUGCAAGUGCGGAAAAACUGAAUAUUAAUUUGGAUAAUAAUGUUCUAGUUGAGGAUGAGUCUCCACAAGAUGAUGGUCCUAUACAUCAAAACUCUGAAGAUGAUGUUGUCAUGGUUGGUUUUGAGGAUGAGCACGAAGAAAUAGUGGACAAGUUAGUUGACAAUGAUUACCUGCUUAGUGUUGUGUCUAUAGUUGCCAUGGGCGGGGCAGGAAAAACAACACUUGCUAGAAAAGUCUACACUUCAUCUAGAGUUAAGGAGCACUUUGACACACUUGCUUGGGUGACUGUAUCUCAAAAGUUCAAGGGUGUUGAUUUACUAAAGGAUAUUAUGAAACAAAUCACAGGGCACAAGGACGAGUCUGUUGACCAAAUGAAAGAGUAUGAGGUGGGAAAGAAGAUCAAUGAAUUUCUAUCACAAAAAAGGUACCUAGUAGUUCUUGAUGACGUUUGGGAAACAGAUACAUGGGAGAAAUUAAACAGAACGAUUAAAGUCUUUCCAGAUGAAACUAAUGGUAGUAGAGUGCUGUUAACCACACGAAAGGAAGAUGUCGCAAAUCAUGUUCAGAUGCCAACCCAUGUUCAUCAUUUGAAGAAGUUGGAUGAAGAGAAAAGUUGGGAUCUUUUUAGCAGCAAAGCUUUACCACCAUACAAAAGGUAUGCCAUACGUGAUGUGGACGAGUUUGAAAAGCUUGGGAGAAAGCUUGCAAAGAAAUGUGAUGGAUUGCCACUUGCACUUGGAGUUUUGGGAGGUUAUCUGUCUAAAAAUCUAAAUGCACAAAUAUGGUCUGAUAUACUCUCUGAUUGGCCAGCAACCAAGGAUGGACAAAUGAUGAGUGUCAUACUGGCACGCAGUUACAAGGACCUACCGAAUCAUCAUUUGAGAUCUUGUUUACUUUAUUUUGCUGCUUUUCCUGAGGAUUAUGAAAUACAUGUGCCGCAUCUUAUUGAGUUGUGGAUAGCAGAAAGUUUCAUUCCAGAUACACCAAACCAUACACUAGAAGAAACAGCACGGAGCUAUGUAAUCGAGUUGGCUCAGAGAAGCUUGGUCCAAGUUGUUGACAGAAGUACGGCACAUGGAUGGAUAGAGAGAAUAAGGAUUCACGAUAUCUUACAUGACUGGUGCAUAGAAGAAGCAAGACAUGAUGGUUUUCUUGAUGCUAUCAAUAAAACUGCAGGCCAAGCUGGUGCAUCAUCAUCAUCAUCUGAUAACUUGAUAUAUUAUCGUUUUAGUUUUCAAACUUUGAGUGAUGAGAUUUUACCUGCAACGUCUAAUAUCCGAAGUCUGCUUGGCUUUAAACUUAAAUCAGUGUCCCUUCCUAAGCUGAUAUUCCUGAGAGUUCUUUGCAUUGAAGAUUCAACACUAAAAGAUUUCUCCAGUGUAAUUGGUGGGUGCAUUCACAUAAGAUUGCUUAGGUUGGCAAAUUGUGGACUUGUGGCGUUCCCUUCUUCAAUUGGCAAACUCCUUUACUUACAGACUAUAGAUCUCAGAAGCACAUUUUUGUCAUCGGUAGUACCAGACUCCCUCUGGGAUAUCCCUACUCUAAGGCAUGUUUACCUUUCAUGUCAGAGAAAAUUUUCUCCACCACCACCUGCAAGGAGUGUGCAACUGCAGCUGAAAGAGAUACAGAGCUUUGCGUUUCAUCUUGGUCAUGCUGGCACUGAUUUCCGCUGUCAUGACAUGAUGAUUUUCUUGGGCCAGAUGAAUCAACUAACAAACUUCGCCUUGUGGAUGUACCCCAAUAUACCAGCGGAGGUGCUCAACAUAUUUGCAAACAUGGCUCACCUGGUUGAUAUUAGUCUCGUCAAAUUUGAUGUGCUCGAUAGGCUGCCUGCGGAGUUCCCACAAAGCGUACGUCGUCUAGUUCUAUAUGCUGAAGUCAUAAAACAAGACCCGAUGCCGAUCCUGGAGAAACUCCCCUGUCUUGUGGUGUUGCAUUUGGGUGGGUACAAAGGCCAGACCAUGUGCUGCUCUUCCCAAGGGUUCUCUCGGCUGCAAGAGUUAAAACUUGAUCGUUUUUCCACCGAGGUGUGGAGGAUGGAGGAAGGGACAAUGCCAAAGCUCUUUCACCUGGAACUUUGGCGGUGGGAGAAGAUGAGAAAGCUCCCCAAAGUGUUACUGCACCUUCCAUCCCUCGGUCACCUGGAGCUGAUUUAUAUGCCCCGGAUUUCUGAAGAUGACAUCACACGAAAGGAGCUGUGGCAGAAAGGAUGCGAGGUUGCCAAGGUCGCCGGCCGCCUCUCCCCCGAGCUCGACGAGCUAAAAGGCUGGCCUACGCCUCCGCUCCCUCGGCAACACCACCGCCGGCCGUCUGCGACUCCCCCAAACUCUAAGCCUAGCACCGCACGGGAGGGUGGGCAAUGCCUCCUCCCCCGGCAGCGGAGAUGGCGCUAA